GCAACCCUGCAGUAAAUUUGAUUUGUUUGGAUAAAACAGAAACAUAAUCUAAAUAUUCUGUUUAUUGUUUAUAUGAUUAGGGAAACUUAAAUAAAACAAAUACUUCAACAAAAUGGAAAUAACAUCGGAAAAUGCUAAAUUUAAUGAAACUUGGUGCAGAACUUGUAACGAAAAAACAAAUAUAAUUUUUUUACAUUCCUUGGAGGAAAGAGCAGGAAGCUGCCCAAGUCUUGCGAAUAUGUUAUUGGAGAUAACAGGAAUAAAUACAAAUAUAGAUAGUAGUCCGAAGUUUCUACCUAAAUACAUAUGCGGAAACUGCACCUACAAACUGAAUGUUGCAUAUGGUUUUAUGAUACAGGCAAAGCGCGUUAACAAACAGUUUCUUGCUAACCUGCAUAAUUCAUCCAAUGAAGAAUUCAAACUAGAGGAGCUACAGAUUGAUGAGGAAAGUGUAAAAAUUAAAAUAGAAACUUUUAUAGGCGAUGAUGCUUCCGAAAUACAUGAUGUAGUGAAUGCAAAUGUAAAUGACUUAGAAAGUUGUUAUAAAAGUGAUCUUGAGAAAAGCAACUUAAACCUAAAAGGAACUGUGGAUUCUGCCUCAAAUUUCAAUUGUAAAAUAAAAACUGAAUUAUUGUCUUUUGAGGUACAGGAUGAAACAAGCAAUUUAAAUACAGCUUCUGAAAUAUUGGACCCAAUAUCUGUGGCUGAAACGCACUGGAAUAUCGAUAAAACUGAUGCUGAAUUUAAAUCUAUGAACGAUAAAGAAUGCUUAAAGAGUGAAACAACAUCAUCGGCGCCUGGAAAUGGUUUUACCUCAGUAGCCUGGGAAGAUCUUCCAAAUGAAAAUGAAGCUACUGAAGCUUUCUACAAGCAGAAAUGUUUUGAACUUGAAAAUAAAAAUAAGCUGUUACAAAAUCAGUUGCAAGAAAUAAACAUCAGUUUGCAAAAUUUGACAAAUGUUGUGAAUAAACAAAACGUAAUGCUUCAAAAGCUUACAAACAAAAUUAUGAAUGACGAUGAAAAAUUCAUCCGAAUUUUCCCAAUACAGGACUUGUAUACUUUACAGCAUAUUGAUGAAGAGCUGGCAGAGGAUUCACAAACAAAUAUUAUUUCAUACAUUAAACAAACAAUUGGACAUACCGAAUUAUCGAAGUGUGUCAAAUUGUUCUUCUCUGAGAGGCUUUUAGAAGAUAUAAACUGGGAUGGGUUAAAAGGCAAAACUCCUAUAAAAACUAUUAAGCUUUUCAAUACCUUCGUUUUUGAAGCAGUUAAGAAUCACAUAAAUUGCUAUACAGACUUCGAAAACGCAUUCAGGAAAGGUUUUCGGAAUUGCAAAUUAAAAAUGUAUAAAAAAAAGUAUCGGGAAAAACGGACAGAACUUCAGAAAGAAGCAAUUUAACAUAAGGGAUACUUUUGGAUGCUUUGGCAGCGAAAAAAAUUUAUCUACAAAAUUAUAUUGAUUUCACCACACAAUUAUAUUGAUUUCCCACACGAAAUUUUACUUCAUAAAAGGAUCACUGCAGUGAAUAAUAACGUACUACCACAAUCCGAUUACGCGAAGUAUCUGGGACUUCAUCUUGAUCAGCGUCUCACCUGAAAACACCAUAUAUUUAUAAAACGUAAACGACUGGGACUGAAAAUGCGCUCCAUGUACUGGUUUCUUUAUCAAAAUUCAAAGCUAUCAUUGAACAAUAAAGUACUUCUAUAUAAAGUUAUUUUAAAACGAAUAUGGACUUACGAUAUAUCAAUAUGGGCAACAGAUGUGAAAUAUUAGAUAUUAGCGAUUUUAGUGAUUUUAGAGAUUUAAAUCAAAAAUACUUCGUUUACAUGGACAUACCAUGGAUCAGCACUCUACAGCGCGAUCUUUACGUCCCAUUAGUAUUAGAAACAAUACAGUUUCCAAAAACUACCGAACAAGGCUAUCAAAUCACCUUAACUCACUUGUACACGAGCUGUUAUCAGAUAUCAACCAUUCACACGACUAAGAAGAUUAUCUACGUCGGAUUUGUCAAAAAGAAUCCAAAACACGAUUUACUAAGCUCACUGAUAUUAAACAUUUAUAACAAAGUAGUUAUAUAUUCUUAGUUGGAAUUUGAUCUUUAGCAGAGUUUACUAUUGAGUGUCCGCAUAUGUUCUUAUAUCAUUUUAUUCUAUUUUAUAUCCAUAUGUAACACUGAAUGUUCUUUUACAGAUUGUAAACAAAAAAGAAACAAAACUUUGUAUGGUAGUUGCAUCGAUGGUUGUUGCAUCGAAGUAUCAAUGCAUUAUCGUUGAUGCAUCAAUUUUUUCGUCUGCUCGAUUAAAAUAAUAAUAAAUUUAAAAGUAUUACAGUUUA